GAUCGCGCUGCCCUCGCGCAUAAAAUGGCUUCCAGUCGCGCCAUGAUUGAUGCUGGAAUCCUGGAUUAUUUGGUAUGAUGUUUUAUUUACACUCCAAAGAUAGAAACCUUACACACUACAGCGUAUUGAUCUAUAGAGUAAAACAUACAACGGAGAAAGGCCUCGCACCUCUUAUGUAAACAGCUCAAUGUAUCCUCUACCUAAAGAAUAAAAGCUUGUUGGUUAUUUUAGCUAAUCACACGCUAUAUGUCCCUGCGGCAAGCCGUUAGUAUGUAGUACGAUAUGGGCCCCGAGUCAAACCUUUCUGAAAUCCUCUACUUGCCCCUAUCAAAUAUGGCCGCUGCGUCAGUGCCUCUUGUGCGCAUGCCUGCGGCUAGACACGCCCCCUUCCCGCUUUGAGGGCGCGCUCCUCCUGCACCGCUCUGGUCAUUCCGUCGCCGACAUGUCCGCCAGUAGUCUGCUGGAGCCGGUAUUAUGGAGUGUUUGAUAUCUGUCCUCCGUGCUUCUUUCUAUCUCUAUCCAUCUGUGGGGCUCCGUACUCUCCGCUAUCGCCCGCUUUCUCACCCAUGACACACCGCUUGUGUGACUUUCCACCCGAUCUCCCUUCCCCCCCCAUGUGUUCUAGUCCCGCAGUGUGUUGCCCGGUUUCUCGUGUGAUUAUUAUUAUUAUACCCAUUGCUAUAUUCUAUGGCUUACUCCUACUCUUAUUUCCCUUUAUUAUUUAUUUAUGAUUUCCUUUUCCUCAAUCCUCCCAGUAUUCCCUCCUGGCUCCUCCCUCCUCCUGCUCUCCAGCUACAGCACACUUACCAGCCACACCAUCUGUGUUCAUUAUCUGCAGCACUUGGUCAUUGUCCUCCUUACAGCUCUGUUACAACAUGCAGCUCUCCACCACAGCUGGUCUUUCUGUACAUCACUCUCCUCCUAUUUGGGAGUACUGUUUGCAUGGCUGGCAAGCACCCCAUGUCCCUGCACUCUCAUUUUGCAGUGAUGGCUAAUGCCUUUUCACAUUGGCUACUAUAGAAGCUGCAGAGAUGCUCACCCUCUUUUCAGUUAGGCUGAGCAGGAAGGGACCUGUGGUUUGCAAGCCUUGGUUGCUAGUUAGCUUUCAUGUUGCAUUCUAGAGCAGAGUCUACAGCUCUUUUCAUGUAGUGUCCCAAAUAUAUUAUUCCUUCUAAUCUAUCCCUCGUAUUUCUCUUUAGUUUGUCAUUUUGUACGAUCAGUCAUUUUCUCUCACUUGCUUGGGAAUUUGUUUCUGAUUUAUUUACAACUCUUAAUGCUUACUCAAUUACACAUUGCGACUUUCACUUAGCCUCUGACAUAACCAGAUCACCUGCCUUUUCUCAUUGUUCUUUUUCUUGUAUUGUACUGAAUACUUCAAAAGAUUCCCAAAGACUCUCCACAUGUGGUUUUCAUGUAAUUUAAAUUGACAUUCUAGGUAGCAAUUGAGUUUUUAUUUGUAUUUUUUAUAUAUAAAAGUUUCCUUUAAACUUCGCUGGGAAAAAGGUGAGUUUUUAAAAAAAAAAAUUGGGGGGGUUGGGGGGGUUUGUUUUGUAGGACUCAUUGAUAUUUAGGUACUUAAGUUGUCUGUCACAUUCCACAUCCAAACUGUAACUGACAUUUCAGUUUUAGCUUAAAUAAAGUUCAUAAUUAUCUCACAUUUGCCUCUCUGCAGACCCUGUGUUAAUUUAUGCCCUGUUUUGUGAGCAAAAAAAGGACUUGCAUAGCCCAUUGCACUGCUGGGUUUUCUUCUUGUCAAAAACUAUUUAUAAUUAGCUUUUUGGUUUACAAUCAAUACCAAUCUCUGACUGAAGUAUUCUAAAUACUAUGCUCACAGUGGAUGGUUCAGCUUCUAUUGUAACCGUAUGUCCCAGGGUUUGCUUAGGUCCUUAAGCCAACCGCUUAAACAAUGGACUCGUAACAACACUGCUACUCUUUAGCGGGCAGCAGUUCCCUAGCCAGUCCCCAUGGCCCACCAACAAUCCAGGAUUUAUGUAUUAUAUAUAUUUUCAAUGGAGACAUUGACCAACCCUGGCCUGCUGCUAGGUCGUAAGGACUGGUUUUGGAACCACUGCAAUAGGGGGCUAUGCUGAUUGACCAUUAUGAAGGAAGGAGUACCCUUAUUCAGGUGGUACUAUUGCUUUUUAAUCAGGCAGUGCCCCUAAUGCUUUGCCUUUAACAACAGGAAUGGCAUGACUCUCCGUUCUGGCAGUGAUGCACUGGCUAUCAUUAUUUUAGCAUGAUGCCAAUGCGCAAAGCCUGAUGGCGGCUCUGUCAUGGAAAUUUUUUUGAGCAUUUCAUGAAGAUACUUUCUUUAUGAAGUGGUCAUAAAGACUGUUGUAACUUCAUUGAUAUUUCAACACACUGAAAAAAAUGACAAUAUAAGUGCUACUUUUAUGGUAAAGCUUCAAGUUGGCAAAAGCACUGUUGCUCCCGUCAAGUAUUUUCACUGCAAAAAGCCAUUGUCUUGCCCAUUACGAGACAAUAUCUAUGAAAGCCUGUGAUCUUGCGGGAGCCUCCCUAGGUAUCAUUAUUGUACUCUUUCACAAGGUGAUUAAUCCUGGUGGUAAGGGUCCAGCACUAACAUAGGCUCCUGAUGGAUAAAGCUGACAGUGUCCAUUAUGUAUAGCAUACCCAUGCUGCAUGCCUGGACCUCAUCACCCUGAUUGGUCCUAUCAACAUCAGGAGUAUGUAAAAGUAUGCAAUGACCCUGGAAGAUGACAGAGCCGCUUUAAAAUGACCCAACGCAAUAUAUUCCUAACAUAAUUUUAUUGUUCUAGACAAGGUAUUCCCAACCCAGUCCUCAAGUACUCCCUACCGGUCCAGGAUUUAGGGAUUACCCUGUUGUCUAAAGUGUAUUUUAAUUUUUAUUCGAAAAACACCUUAGGUACACACAACUGGGUACUUGGGGACUGGGUUGGGAACCACUGUUCUAAACCAUGUGAAAAGUGGGACAGUCAUCGUAAAGUUCACUGAGAGCAACAACUAAUGAUGUGAUCUAUUUAAAAACACUGACCGUAAUUCACAAUAGUUAGUAUUGUGUAUUUCCAAUAUCCACUUACCCAUACUGCAAUAUAUACUGACUCCUCUCUUAUAUUCAUGAUCAUGAUUCAGCAUAACUGCAAUGUUUUUAACUGCAAGUGCACAUGGCACCCAAACUUUUUUUUUGGAUGAAUUGGCUUGGAUGCCUAUAGUGUUCCCUUAAGGGUAACUCCAUACACCAUGACCAGUUUAGGGUUUUCAUGUAGUCGUGGUACCUGGAGUCCUCAUAUGCAGUGUUUCACUGUGAAUUGUUGCACAUUCCGUGUUUAACCCCUUUGCUGCUGGAGGUAUAACUUGACCUCUGGCAGUGUCAUUGGGGUGUCACAAUUCAGCCCUGGCUAAUCUCAAUUAUGUGCAGAUUGGCCCAGCCAACAGUUAGGAGGAUUUGACUGAUGGAAGAAAUUGUUCUCUGCACUAAAACAGAGAAGCUGUUUUCUUACUCGAUUUAAAACCUGUGCGUGGUCGACAAUAUUUCUAUGCUGGGGUUUGUACUUUUGUUUUAGAGUUUUGCUCAGCACAGCAAAGUAGCUCUGCUGCUAUGAAUUUUGAGAUUUGGUUACUAUUGCAUUCUUGCUGGGCACAAGUUCUGAUAUCAAGCAGUCAAGAGCAAAACUGUAUAGUGUAGCUUAGUGGCAUGUGGCUGUUCUUUGUUACCCAUUAUAUCCUAAAUUAUAGUUCAAUACGAGACACAUUCAUCCUUGUAGUCUUCUGUCUGCCUCUAUCUCCUUUGUCUGCUUAAUUUCCUUAUUCAAGAGUAGGGUUAGGCAGCAUUUGACACUCAGGGUAUUGUGGACUACAUCUCUGUUGAUACUUUGACAGCAUUGUGGGGAGAUGUAAUCCGCAACAUCUGGAGUGUCAGAGGUUGCCUCUUCUAGAAGACUUAAUUUUCACCACAUUGAUUCCUCUUCCAGAUUUGUAUGCUCUUUUGUGAUAGUGUAAAUCUAAUACAGUAUAAACACUGCUUGCAUUUACUCAUUUUACUUAUGGUAAGCUGACAAGCUCAGAAAAUGAGUGAUGCCUAAAUAGGGACAUGUUGAGGUUUCUAACGUAGAAUGGGAUAUUCUACUUUACUGAUCACAAAAAGAUUGAAGUAUAGUAGGCACCGAUUAGGAAGUGUCAAAAAAUUUGAUAACUGGCUACUUACUGUGGAGUGGUCUGGUAGCAUAAUCAGGCUGUAGUGAUUAUGGUGCCUUCUGUCCAUAUACGGAGUAAUUUGCUAAGUGCAUUAAAAUGGUUGUUUACUUUUUAGAUCCAGCAGCAGUUUCAAAAUUCACAUGGUUAUUCAACGUGAACUUCAAGGUCAAAAUCACUGAAGUUUUACCACACUGGUCUUAAAUUUGAAAUUCAUUUUGAAUUGUCACUUUAGUAAAUAACGUUUAAUACUUUUUAUUUUGAAUAGGUUAGUGUUGAGAAAUAUAGAUAAUUUAAAUGCUUUCGUUAACAGUUCUAAAUUGAGGAGGAAAGGGUUAUUUUAAUAAGUACAUUUAUAAAUGAAUCUUGAUGUUAAUUUUUUACUUGGAUUUAAUGAUCUUUUCUUUAUUCUUCAGCGACCAAAAGGGCAAGGAAACAAAGGUACGUUUUUGUUUGGGGAGAGUAGAGUGAAGAAAUUGUAAAUACAGUAUAAUGAACUGAUGUAGGCUCUGAAGAAAUAUAAUGGUUUCGAGUAAGAAACUGAGUCAUGGGGGGUUAUGUAUAAAAAUGUUGCACUAUGUCUUUAGUAGGGCAUUCACCGUGGAAAUGAGCAGAAUCAGCAGGCACAUUCCAUAGCUGACUCUACUCGUUUUACAUUGUUAUACCACUUUCAGAAUACAUUUUUACAUAACACCCAUAAUAUGUGGAAGAUUACUUUUGGAUAGUGAGUUAAAAUAAAUUUGAAACAGGUAAGUGUUUGGGCAAAAGCACUAUAUAGUAAAUCAAUAUUUAAAAACAUGUAUACAUUCGUAAUUUUUUUUUUUUAAGUGAGCAGCUACCAUGUAGUGCACAAUUCCCCAAAACUCUCAAAAAGAUCACAACUUUUACAAAAUCAUAUCGCGUGGAGCGCUUCUUUUUAAGUAAAGUGCAAAAUAUUUCAGUGAUUUCCUUUCUAACGUGCUCAAAGAUUACUUAUCUUUAAAAAAAAAAAAAAGUUUUUAAUGAUUAAACAAAAUUUUUUUUCCAUUGUAUAUACCUUUUAAAAUAUAAAUAUUGUAAAAAUAUAUAUAUUUUUUAAAUUAUCCUCUAGAAUCGUUGUAGCUUAGGAUACAGAAAAUAUCUAUCAUAUUGCUUUAAGAAAUUGUAUGUAUUACUAAGAAUAUAAAACUGCUUUGUAUGGUUAAGGACCACACCACCGAUUUGUUGAUGCAGGAAACUGGCUCAAUAUGUUUAAUAUAAAAAUUGUUAUUUUUACCGGAGUCAUCCAAGUGUAUGUAUGUAUUUUUUUAAAUAUUGAGCCAUCCAGUUUCCUGCAUCAACAAAGUGGUGGUAUGGUCCUUAAGGACACAUGACAUGUGUGACCUGUCAUGAUUCCCUUUUAGUCCAGAAGUUUGGUCUUUUAAGGGGUUAAAGUAUCACUAUAGGGUCAGGAACACAAACAUGAAUUCCUGACCCUAUAGUGUUAAAACCACCAUCUAGCCCCCCUGGGCCCCUCAUGCCUCCAUAAAUAUAGCAAAAUCUUACUGUAUUCAAGCCAGAAGCUGAAACUCUGCUUGCUCUUUGCCUCAACAACAACAAAAAAACAGUCUGCUGACAUCUGAAGUGGUAGCCUGAUCCAAUCACAAUGCUUCCCCAUAGGAUUGUCUGAGACUGACAAAGAAGCAGAUCAGGGGCAGAGCCAGCAUGAUUCAAACACAGCACUGGCCAAUCAGCAUCUCCUCAUAGAGAUGAAUUGAAUCAAUGAAUCUCUAUGAGGAAAGUUCAGUGUCUGCAUGCAGAUGGAGGAGAUACUGAAUGUUUGGAUGCAUUUUAGGCAGCCAUCUAAGGAGUGGCCAGUGAAGUUAUCACUAGGCUGUAAUGUAAACACUGCAUUUUCUCUGAAAAGACAGUGUUUACAGCAAAAAGCCUGAAGGUAAUGAUUCUACUCACUAGAAAAAAUACAAUAAGCUAUAGUGCUGGUGACUAUAGUGUCCCUUUAACCAAACAAAGCUGUUAUUGACCAAUUGCAAAGGAUCUUUGUGAGUAUAUUUUAUUUACAAUUUCUUAAAUAUUUUGUCUCCUGAGCUACAUCCAGAGGAAAAUUGAAUGUCUUUUGGCAUGUAAUGUGUGUGUAUAUGUAUAUAUGUAUGUAUAUAUGUGUGUAUGUGUGUGUGUAUAUGUAUAUGUAUAUAUAUAUAUAUAUAUAUAUAUAUAUUUUGUGUGUGUGUGUGUAUAUAUAUAUAUAUAUAUAUAUAUAUAUAUAUAUAUAUAUAUAUAUAUAUAUAUAUAUAUAUAUUACUUUUUUGUUUUUUAAACAAGCUAUAUUUGCAGCUCUGUAGGUAUUAAGCCCUGAUGCGAAGAAAUGUUGGUAGUUAAUUUGAAAAAAUAUUGAGCGGAUAACUCUGUCCAAUGGUUUUAUGACUUACACUAGGUAUGAAUGAAUAUAUCAGAAUAAAUACAGUAUAUACACACAGAAAUAUGCAAUAGUGAAAAAGUGCGUAGCGCUCAACAUUUAUCACUUACUCCCCAAUAGUGCUUUAGGGUUUGUAAGGUGUCUGAGGAAUUCAUUGUGACUGAAACAAGGACUACCCAAAGAGAACAAAGAAUAGAACAGGGGAAAAUCGCCCUGGUGGUGAAAUCCUUAUGAUUAAAAUGACAAAUAUAAACAAAAAGGUGAAGGUUGCUUCUCACCUGGAAAAGAGCCUGUGACUUGGCUCUGAGUGUAAUAGCUUGUGAGUCUUGUUAAAGGGAUGACUCAAUGGAGGAAGCAGAGAGAGGUCGGCGAAACGCGUUUUGGACAAGAUACCAGUGUAAUGUAUGAAUUUUAUUGAUGUUUUUAAUGUUUAUGUAAUAAAUUCAAUUUAAAUACAUAUACCUGGUACAUCUUCUAACCUGCUAAAAGAGGGCAAGAGUGAUCCCUUUAACAAGACUCACAAGCUAUUACACUCAGAGCCAAGUCACAGGCUCUUUUCCAGGUGAGAAGCAACCUUCACCCUUUUGUUUAUAUUUGUCAUUUUAAUCAUAAGGAUUUCACCACCAGGGUGAUUUUCCCCUGUUCUAUUCUUUGUUCUCUUUGAGGAAUUCAUUGUGACUGAAACAAGGACUACCCAGACACCUUACAAACCCUAAAGUACUAUUGGGGAGUAAGUGAUAAAUGUUGAGCGCUACGCACUUUUUCACUAUUGCAUAUUUCUGUGUGUAUAUAGUGUAUUUAUUCUGAUUGAAUUGUAAUAGGUUUGAAGAGUUCCUAUUUUUUUGUGUGAGAGCUGCUGCACUAAGAGCACCUUCUAAUUUGUUUUAAGCGCCUUUGUGAACACAGAUUACCGUGUGAAUUUGUCUAUGAAUGAAUAUAUAAGUAAAACGGGGGAGGUUGGGAAGCAGCGCUUAACAAUUAAAAUCCUUGUGUGGAAUCCAAUGGAGCCAAUAUAAGGGAGAAAACAAAAUGGAACAGGAAUACUAAUAUAGUGUAAUAUAUCUAUAACAGCAGAGGCAGAAUAUAAGCAAUAAAUAUAUUGCCCUCUCAGUUUUCUGGAGCUCAAGAUCAGCUCCAGAUCACAGCGUAUGGACGGGACAAUCCCCAUCUGUGGAUGUUAGGAUGGUCCUGAUUUUCCUCUGGUAUCGUAUCCCUGUGCCAAUAAUCCACGUGGUGUAUUCCAGAUGAUGCUCCAGUGAGAUAUAUAUGAACAGUGUUCUCUGUAUUAAUAAAACAAAUCAAAUUAAGAGAAAUAUACUCACAAUGGAUGAGCAAAUAGGGAUUUGUUUGGUUAAAGGGAUCAGUACUUUACAGCAUAGGUGGUUUGUCCCCCAUCCGGGAAUGUGAGCUACAGCUUCUCCAAUAAAAGAUGUCCAAUGAAGGUCCAGGGGUACAAAUGCAGAUUCAUUUUAUUAAACAAAUAAAAAGUAACACACUAGCGGGUUUCACCUAUACAGAAGGCUUUUUCAAAGUGUUACAGAGUAGGGGACCUUCUUAUAUAGCUAAGAAAUAAAAAAAUAAAAAAAGUCAGAUGUCACUGAUCAGUGUUAUUCUGUCAUUGCUAACUUUCAUAUAUCUCUUUAGUAACAAAUGGAUCUGCACAUCAAAAGGAUGGUUUGAAUGAUGAUGAAUUUGACCCCUAUCUCCACACCCAAGAGAGACCGGUAAGUGUCACAUUAUUCACUUUUAGGCAGUAAAGGGCCUUUCCACUGGUUGCAAAACUCCAAGUGUUGGAACACUAAGCCAAUUGUUAUCCUAACACUUCAUAGCCCACCCCCACUCCGAUGCUUUAAAAAAAAAAAAAAUUAAAAUAGAAUGUUUUUUUUUGUUUUUUGUUUUUUUGGAGUGCCAAGGUUCUCUUCGCUCAGCUUAUUUUUGAUCCUUCAGUGAUUUCAUAAAGAGGAGGUAUGGCCUUCUUCAUAGUUGGUCCAAUCCAGUGUUCCUCAUAGAGAAGCAUUGGGUACUUGGUGUGUAUGCGCGGCAAGCACUUCUUGCAUCCAUAGGAAAGCACUGAAUUACUGUAUUACCUAUGGGCACAUGACGUAGUUUUAAUCUGUCAGUGCAGCGGAUGCGGCUAUGAGGAAUAUUGCCACUAGAGGUGGAUUUAACCCUGCAAUGUAAAAAUUGCAGUUCCUAAAAGAAACUACAGUGUUUUACAUUGCAGGGUUAAAUGGUCAGGACCACUUCACCCAGGCAACUCCAUUACAAUGAAGUUGCCUAUGUGACUUGAGUGGUCAUUUAAUUUUGUGUGAUAAUUCUGAAGGUUCCUCCACAACAAAAUAUGUAUUCAAUAAUAUGUUGACACAGCACAUGCUUUUCAGAAGCCACCUCUACAUCACAAUGUUUGCGCUGUAGAAAUUAUUGCUGUUAUGCCCCAAGAUAGUAUAGCAUUACUUUUAACACAUUUGGCAGAUAUCUACUAGUAGCUACAUUGGUGUUAUAAAAUUGCUGAGAUGGUUUGACUGGCUUACAUCGUAAUCGCUGCUUGAAUAUUUUGUCACAACUAUGGACGUAAUGAAUUACGUGUUGGGUAGACUGAAAUGUUAAAUGUAAUUGCUUAAACAGUUAAAACAGAAUAUACGGUUCCAAAUGUCUAACCUUUGGUCCAAAUUAUUAAAUAAGCAUAUGAUUAACAUUUUUCCUUCUUGUAUUUAAAAGAUGAGGAACUAAUUGUUUUUAUGUGAAUCCUUCUCUCUCUUUCAUGGCUACUGAAGAACAAUGGUUACACUGCCUUGUCAGAUUCAUAUCUUCCAAGUUACUACAGCCCAUCCAUUGGUUUUUCAUACUCCUUGAGUGAAGCGGCAUGGUCCACUGGGGGUGAUCCUCAACCAACCAUGCCAUACUUGGCCUCCUAUGGUCAGCUAGGCAAUGGGGAGCCACAUUUUCUGCCAGAUACAAUGUUUGGUCCUUUGGGUAGUGCUCCUUUCCUUGGCCAACCAAGCUUUAAUUUCUUUCCAAGCGGUAUGGACUUUUCAGCCUGGGGCAGUGGAGGAAACUCUCCUGGGACAUCUGCCACGAAUUCAGGCUAUGGAGGCAACUACACGUAUGCUCCAAGUACUUUGGGUGGAGCUGUGAUGGAAGGGCAAUCAAGCUUCGGUACUGGAAAGGCUGUAGGAAGUAUAGAACAGAGUAUGGAGGCUCUGAAGCUGGGAGGAGAAAAUAGUCUGAAGGCACCAGUUGGCAGUAUGCCCCCUGCUACAAUUGCUCCUCCUAAGCAGGCCUCUUGGGCGGACAUUGCCAGCAAGCCUGCCAAACAAAACCUUGCAAAGGUCCUCCCUCCUCCACCAGUAAAGCAAAAUAUGGAAAUAGGAACUUGGGACAACAAAGUGCCGUCAUCUAACAUUUGUCAGCCACCAUCUCCCCCAGUCCUUGGGCACUCUGCUCCAGUUGCACACUCUGGUCCUCAUAUCCCAACACGCUGGUCCGCACCACGUAAUAGAGGCUCUGAGCAAGCCCAGCCUUCAUCUACAUCAACCGAGCCACAUCCCUUUCUGGAGAAGUUGCGCUCUAUCAACAACUACAAUCCAAAAGACUUUGAUUGUAGCCCUAAACUUGGACGAGUAUUCAUUGUCAAGAGUUAUUCAGAAGAUGACAUCCACCGAUCCAUAAAGUACAAUAUUUGGUGUUCCACAGAACAUGGCAACAAACGUCUGGAUGCAGCUUACCGCUCACUUAAUGGUAAAGGCCCUGUCUACCUUCUUUUCAGUGUUAAUGGCAGUGGCCAUUUUUGUGGAGUAGCAGAGAUGCGCUCAGCUGUGGACUACAAUACCUGUGCAGGAGUGUGGUCACAGGACAAGUGGAAAGGACGUUUUGAUGUACGCUGGGUUUUUGUCAAGGACGUACCUAAUGGUCAGCUACGUCACAUUCGACUGGAAAAUAAUGAGAACAAACCAGUCACUAACUCACGGGACACUCAGGAGGUUCCUCUAGACAAGGCACGCCAAGUGCUUCGUAUCAUCGCGACCUAUAAACACACCACCUCCAUUUUUGAUGACUUCUCACACUAUGAAAAAAGACAGGAGGAGGAGGACAAUGUCAAAAAGGUAUGCGUACAUUGCUGUUAAAUGGUUGACAAUCUUUUUAAAAAUUUUUUUUAGAUUGUAUGUGUAUAUAUGUAGUGAUGUCGCGAACUUCCCGCGAACGGUUCGUGACGAGCCCCGGUCAGCUGACACAUCCUGGCCAAUCUCCAGCAGACGCUCGCCACGAACGGUUCGCGACAUCUUUGUAUGUGUAUAUGUGUGUGUGUGUGUGUGUGUGUGUGUGUUUGUGUGUGUGUGUGUGUGUGUGUUUGUGUGUGUGUGUGUGUGUGUUUGUUUGUGUGUGUGUAUAUGUAUACACACACACACACACACACAUCUAGCCUAGCGAAUAACCCUGAGUGUCUUGCCCUGUGCUCUGCAUAGGGUGUACUGUUUUAUCCCUUUCCUGCUUAGCAGUUGGCAGUGAGGGAGACUGUGGUCCACUGGGGGUUAAGUUCUCUAGUAAAUUGUGGGAGUCUGUGGUCUGCACCUCAGGCUGGUAGAGACCACAGUGAUUGUUCUCUCCUUGUCCCAGUGCUCAUUUAAAAAAAAAAGGGGGGGAGGGGGAGAAUGUAUCUUGUUUGUGGCAAAUCUCAUUGAUCAGUUGAUUUUGCAGUGACCUUUGCAAAAUCUGAAAUAGGCAUCUGUCAGUGGUUUCUAAUACUCCCAUUGCUUUAAAUUGGAGCAUGAACAUGUGCAUCCUUGUUACAGGGCAUAUACAAUGUAAUUGGUAACACCACAGGACACCAAAAUGAAAUCAAGUCAUUAUUAUUAUUAUUGCCAUUUAUUAAAUCAUAUCAUGAAAUAAUCUACAAUUAUGACAAAUGUCAUAAUUGUAGAUUAUUUCAUUACAAAUAAGUACUCAAAAGUAAAGACAAAUAUAAAACAUAACACAAAUAAUGAACAGCGUGUCAGUAUAGGCAGUCAAUAUGCACCUGACUCCUUGAAAAACAUUACCUCAAGUACAAGACAAGGUGCAGAGUUUUGACUAUUUGCCUUUUAUUCAGGGAUUUCAGAGCAUCAAAAAGUCUCAAAUUAAAUAGUACACUUAAAAGCCAUGACUGAACUGUAUCCCACAAAAACUCAUGAAUCAAGGCACCAGGUGCUUCAUAUAACUUACACAAGUAAAAAAAAAUUUUUUAAAGGCAAAGUUAUUGAAAUGUGACAUUCCAGAUAUAGUUGGACUACAACUCCCAUUAUGCUCUGCCAAGCCCUUGUGAUAUACCAAUUUUAUGAUUCAAAAGCAGCUGACACUUUCAAGGGUUUUUGAAGGACACCACCAUCUUGGUCUUGUAUGUCCUUUUCUUUCGCACAUGCAAUAGAGUACAACACUGAGGUCUAUGGCGGAUGCAGCCUCCAUUGAUCAUUUCCUUACCUUCACAGCCGUCACCUGUGACUGGACAAUAGUUGAUAGCGGAGCUCUACCUUUUUUCUACCUCAGGCUUGUCCAUAAGACAAAGUAGUCCCUACUUUAUUUUAUGGCAUCUGGGUUGUUUAUGAAAUACUGAAAUUACAGAUCCACUUUGAGAUUAAUGCAGCUGCAUUAUACAUGUUUGCAGACUGUCCAUUAGUGUGUAUGCGUGACAUGUCUGCUUGCUUAGUGAUUCUCUCAUAGGUAUGAGUGGGAAGACAGAGAUUAGCUCAUAGUUCUUGGAAGCAUUCUGGUUGAACAGAGGUGGAUCAAAUCAAUGCAAAACCAAAGUAUAUUUAUAAUGCAUCUGUACAUACAAUUGGAUUUAAAGUUGCCUUGGAGUAUUUCUUAAGGCAGGGGUUCCCAAUUCAUUUUUCCCAUGGAACCAUUUGACGUAGUGUACCAACAUUGUGGAACUCCAAAAAUAUAUUUGUGGCAUAGUGAAAUCCUUUUAAUUGGCAGAGUGUAAUGUUUAUUAUUUAGCUUAGAUUUUUAUAUAUAUAUAUAUAUAUACGAAUUUAUACAGAUAGUAAACAGGUUGUAGUACUUCAGAGCAGGUGUGCUUUUGUGUGUUUGUAAUGUUUGCAUUUGCGUGCAGGGGUAUGUUUGGAUGUAGUCUGCUUUUAAAUGCAGAUUUACAUUUGUGUAUAGUAUUGGUGUCUUGAGUGAAGGGUGUUUGAAUGUAUAUCAAUUUGGAGUUUGAAUUCAGGGGUGUGUUUGGAUGUAAUGAUUGUUUUGAUUUUUGAUUACUGGGAUGUAUGCACAUACAAUCCGCAUACAUACUACAUAUAUACAUACACACAUAAACACCGACAUACACUUGCACAUUAAGAUACUUACUGGCGCGCGCGCACACACAUGCUCAGAUACACAAACACACUAUUGUUGAUAGUGGAGGUAGGAACCGUGCCUUUCGGACACCCAGCUAAGGAGUCAGACCAUUUAAGACUUCAGGGGGUUGGUUCAUUUGCACCACAACUACUAUAGCAAUUGAUUUUAAUACAAGCCAGACUUGAUUCAAUUUUACCUCAAAUUGUUUUACUAAGGUUUCAGUGGUAUGUGUAACAUUUUAUGUAGCUCUACCUGCCCAAAUAUUCAACGUGCAGCACAUGUGAAUGUAUUUUAACUAUGUACUAAGUUAAGGAGCUACUCCAUACAGCCCUGGUGUUGUUCCAUGGUAAGGGUUGCAAAACAAUUUACAUCAGUAAACUGCUUACCUGGGUUCCGCUACAUCGGUCUACUGCAGAAGCCAGGUGCCUGUAUCCAUUCUUUGACUUAGCCAAUGAAUGAACCUCUCUGCCCAGAAAUCUUGUUGUUCCCGUCUGGUUAAUGAAAGCUGUAGUUUCUCUUCUGGCAGCAACAGAAAUAUCAUACUGAAACACUUAAAUGAGCACUAUAGGGUCAUGAACACAAACAUGUGUCCCCUCGUGCCUCCCUAAAAAUAGUAAAACCUUGCUUGUAUUAAAGUCUGCAGCUACAUGCUUUGUCCCUGUUUCCUUUAGACCUGCCCGCUGACAUCAGCAGAAGUGGUAGCCUGAUCCAAUCUCAAUGCUUCCCUAUAGGCUUGACUGACAAAGAGGCAGGUCAGGGGCAGAGCCAGCACAAUUCAAAUAGAGCCCUGGCCAAUCAGCAUCUCCUCAUAGAGAUGAAUUAAAUCAAUGAAUCUCUAUGAGGGAAGUUCAGUGUCUGCAUGCAGAGGGUGGAGACACUGAAUGUUUGGAUGCAUUUUAGACAGCCAUGACCCAGGAAGGAUCUCUAACAGCCAUCUAAGGAGUGGCCAGUGAAGUUAUCACUAGGCUGUAAUGAAAACACUGCAUUUUCUCUGAAUAGACAGUGUUUAGAGCAAAAAGCCUGAAGGUAAUGAUUAAGCUGUAGUUGUUCUGGUGACUAGUGUCCCUUUAACAUGCCAGAUCCAUUCACCAUGAGCAGUUCAGACGUUUUUUAUUUUAUACUUACCGUCCUACCUUUUGCUUAGUUUUUUUUUUUAUUGUAAACACUGCCUUUUCAGAGAAACAGGUUUAUAUUACUGUUUAGGAACGCAGACUGCCAUUAGAGGUGCUUUCUGGUUCAGUGCUGAAAAAUCAUUCAGUGUCUCCACACUCUGCAUGGAGACACUGGAUGUUCCUCAUAGAUACAUUAAUUCAAUACAUUUCUGAGGAUUAUUUUCCAAAGUCAGGAAUCUAGUUGGGAAAUUAAAGGACCACUCUAGGCACCCAGACCACUUCAGCUUAAUGAAGUGGUCUGGGUGCCUGGUCCAGCUAGGGUUAACCCAUUUUUUAAUAAACAUAGCAGUUUCAGAAAAAACUGCUAUGUUUAUCAAUGGGUUAAGCCUUCCCCCUAAUCCUCUAGUGGCUGUCUCAUUGACAGCCACUAGAGGCGCUUGCGUGCUUCUCACUGUGAUUUUCAGUGAGAGCACGCCAGCGUCUAUAGGAAAGCAUUAUGAAUGCUUUCCUAUGCGACCGGCUGAAUGCGCGCGCAGCUCUUGCCGCGCGUGCGCAUUCAGCCGGCGGGGCGUAACGGAGGAGGAGAGGAGGCAGAGAUCUCUCCGCCCAGCGCUGGAAAAAGGUACGUUUUUACCCCUUUCCCCCUUCCAGAGCCGGGCGGGAGGGGGUCCCUGAGGGUGGGGGCACCCUCAGGGCACUAUAGUGCCAGGAAAACAAGUGUUUUCCUGGCACUAUAGUGGUCCUUUAAGUUCGACUAUAUUUUGGUUCGGUUUGCUCUAACUUCAGUUGCAUAAAUACGCUUCAAAUGAAAUUCAGGCAAACCAAUCAGUGAGCUGUGAAAAUGGAAGCGUUUGGGAUAAAUGGGUGUUUUCCAAAUGACCUUUUUAAAAAGGAAGCAAAAUAAAAACCUGUGGGAUCAGUAUGACCGCCAGUUUGGUACAAGUACAAGCCACAAGUGGGUGCUUAAUUUAAAGAAGGGGAUGGAGGGAAUGACAGAUCACUGUGCCUAACAUUGGGGCUAUAAAUGGAAAAAAUAAGGCUAGGGCAGGGCUCAACACAAGUGUGUGUGUGCGCGCGCGCGCGUGUGUUUAGGUGACUGGUCUUGCUGUGGUUGGCCAUGUCUCCAAUCUUGAUGAUCUCAGCCAAUCCAAGCAUUGGGAGGCUAUUGCGCAUGUGUACCAAAACUCCAUGCUGCGCCAAUCAGCAUCUCCUCAUAGAGAUGAAUUGAAUUAAUGGGGGGGAGGGGUGUCUAUAUUCAAAGCUCAACAAAUAACUUGCCAGGAUAUGAUGUUCCAUCCUGCCAGUAUUGCAAAAUUUAUAAGUAAAAUUGGGGUCCGCCACCCAUAUCACCCAUACAAAAAUCACAAUUGUGCGAGUAGGCAUCCUGAGUUCUAUGAAAAUCUGUGUAUAAGAUGCUUAAAGUGGCUGUCAUCUCAAACUUGCCUUUAUCCUAUUUCUUCUUUUCCUCUUUCAGAAUUUUUAUAUUAUUCAUUUCUGAUCUAUUACUCUUUAAAACAUACGACAGAUUAGGAUUUACUUUGUCUUUAUGUAUUUUUCCUACACUUGAUUAAAGGGUGGAGCUAUAGCAAACUUCACUUCCUCUAUUAGCGUGACACCCUAACCUUUGUCAAGCUUAGGACAAAUUAAUUCCUACUUUGUCUUAUGUUUUAAAGAGACCUAGAUCAGAAAUGUAGUGUAAAUCCCCUCUCCCCCACCCCCUAUGGGACAGAGCCAAUUUAAUUGCAUUUCAUAUUAUGUGACCCUCCAAAUUGCAGGGUCACAUCCCUAUAUGCACCACUUAAGUGGUGCCUACUAGUUUACGAAACGGUACCUUUUUUUUUUUCUUUUUCUAGUUCAGUCUCCAUUUGUGCUACUUUGGUUUUUGUUUUUCUGUUUUUUUAUUUAACCAUAAGUAGACUUUUUUUUACAUGAUUAAAUCUCAUUGCAUUUUCCUUCUCUCUCUUUAGGUGAUAAAGAACUAAAAACUGAAAUAAGGUGAGAAAGUCAAGACCAUGAUUGAACUUAUUUGUGUUAAUAUAUUUGUAAUUUCAGUCCUGUGGGUAUAUGCAGAAAUGUAUACAUCUGCUUUACUGUAGCUCUCUUUCUAUGUACACAGAAACAGAAUAACAGGCAUUCCAACAGUGGACAUACUGUGGGGUGUCUCUAAAUAGUGAAUUAUCUUUAUUUUUGUGAGGCUGUACAUGAACUGGUCAGUGCUAAUUGCCAGUAAAUUCCCUGAAGGAUGUCAUAUGGAAUAGAUCUGGCAAGUUUCUAGGACACCUGAGUGGAUUAGCAAUAACAGCGUGUUAAAAUGUAAAAUGAGUACCAGAAGAGAAAAGUGAAACUUAAACCUACCAACUCCUAGCAACACAGGUGGCAAGAUUAAAUGGACACUAUAGUCACCUGAACUACAGUUUAAAGGGACUCAAUAGGCACCAAAAAACUAAAGCCUAUUUUAUUUGUUCUAGUGUGUAUAAUCAUUCUCUUCAGGCUUUUGCAGAGAAAAUGCAGUGUUUACAUUACAAACUAGGAAUAACUCCACUGACCACUCCUCAAAUGGCUGCUAGAGGUGCUUGACAUUCAAUGUCUCCAUCGUUUGCAUGGAGACACUACACUUUCCUCAUAGAGAUGCAUUGAUUUAGUGCAUCCAUAUGAGGAGAUGCUGAUUGGCAAGGGCUGUGUUAGGCUAUAGACACCAGGACCUCUACCUCCAGCACAAGCCAAUCCCUGCAAUUGUUUUAAUUUAAGCACUGCCUUUUCAGUCAAAAUGCAGUGUUUACAUUAAUCCUAGUAACACUUCUAGUGGCAGUCACUCAGAUGAUCAUUUGAGAUGUUUCCUGGGUCAGUGCUUCAGUGUUUGAAGAAGGCAGUUGCAGCAAGCAAACCCAAGAAUAUGCCACGAAGAGGUUUUAAUAAUUUUGAGACUGGAGAAAUCAUUAGAAGUUGUAUUUUCAGUUGAAUGUUGGGAAACAAAUUGAAAUGGCUCAAGUCAACACAUCAAUGCUUCAAGUGUUUUACUUUGAUUGUUCAUUGCAAACCGCUAAAAGUCAGUACAUUUUGACAAUAUGAUUUUCAAUGGGGGUUAAAUAAUUUUGAUUACAUCUGUAGACUUGACAAAGGCUCAUGUAGGAGCCAAAAUGUUGUUUGUUUUUCUGUGUUCCAAAUUAAAAACUGCUGUUUAGAAUAAUCAGAUGUGUCUGGACUUUUGUAUCUACCUUUUUUGGACAUUUUGGGGAACUUGCCAUCCCCGUUCGUAAAAGUAUUCCCCACUUAAAAAAAAAAAAUUUUUUUAAAAAAAAGUGUGCGCGCAACCUGGAAUUAAGGUAUAUCAUACUAACAUAAAUCGAUCAGGACGGUCUACUCUUUGCAUUAAUGGAUUCUCCAGUCAAAUUAUUCUGAGAGCCAAGUAAUUUUAGAAGAAAUACUAUACCUUUUCAUCUGCUGUUUCAUAAUAAAUUGUUUAUAGGGGUUAUGCUACGUAGGGUGUUUUGGUAAUGGCAUGCUGACAUCACCAUAGUUUUUGCAGACAACUUCCAUACAUAUGUAAUCAGCCACCGAAGGCUAUGAUCAGUGAGCUGUGUUGUUGAUAGACAAGCAGCCAGCACUACAUAGACAGAACACCAAGGCAGACUUGUAAAUAUACUACAUAUCUGCUUGUACCGUUUAUGCUCUUCCCAGACUAUUAAGUGGUACUUCCAUUACCCUUGUAUUGUGUGUUUGGGUACUUGGCUAUGUAAGUCUUGUUUAAUAGACUUGGGUAUGGAUGGAUUAGUAAUUAUAAAUAACAUUUCAGUUAGUACUGACUGUAACCCGAAAUGCCUAAAUAAUCCAAUUGUACUGCUUUCAUUGAUGUAACAGAAAUUGUUUUUUUUAAAUUAAUUUUUUUAACUAUACUGAGAGAUGGUGGUUCUCCUGCUCUACAUCACAACAACUAGAUCACAUAUACUUUUGGUUGCUCUGGUUACUUCCUAGCCAGCUUUACCUGGAUAAGAAUAGGAGUGACCUUCACAUGCCAAAAUGUCAUCAUGGAGGUGAUUGCCCUGCUUGAGCAAAUGUCCCUAUGCAGAACCAGACACAGUAUUACAGUAGUGCGAUAGGUCAUGUCUGCACCCAGAAUUGAGUAUUUAAAUUUUUUGUUUUUGUCAAAGGUUUUUAAUUUUUUUUUUUUUUUUACACAUGUUAAAGGACCACUAUAAUCCAGGAAUACAAACUUGUUUUCCUGGCACUAUAGUGUUAAUAUGUACCCCUCUCGUGCCGGGCUCCCUGGGUGCUGGGGACUCUUCUGCCAAAUGCGCAUGCGCCGCAAGAGCCGUGCGCAGUCAGUCCAUAGUAAAGCAUUAUCCAUGCUUUCCUAUGGAUGCUGGCAUCUUUUAACUGUGAAAAUCAGUGAGAAGCACGGAAGCGCCUCUAGUGGCUGUCAGUGAGACCGCCACUAGACGCUGAAUUAACCCUAAUGUAAACAUAACCGUUUCUCUGAAACUAUGUUUACAGCUGCAGGGUUAACCCUAGAUGGACCUGGCACCCUGUCCACGUCAUUGAGCUGAAGUGGUAUGGGUGCCUAUAGUGGUCCUUUAAUGACAUACUGUGUUUACAAGAGAGGGGAAAAAAGGAAAUUGUUUCCUUUUGAUAUCUGUUUUAUGGGGUAUGCUGACCCAUACUCUGCACCCUCUGGUUUAUUUGAGUGCAACCCUCUUUUUGUCUUCUGAUAUAUACUGUUUACAACAUCCCUACUUUAAAUGUUACAUCCUUCUCUCCUCAGGAACAUCUUUACUGUAUCCACCACAUGCAACACCAUCGCACUUUGUGGGGUUCAGGAUGGCUUUCACCACCCAAUCGCCUAAUGCCACAGAACUAGCAAAUAGAGGCCAAUGUCCUCCAACCUAAACUUCAGGGAUUCGAGCCAGGAUUGCUGGGAUGCAUUAAAACUGGGGUGACGAUCCAGUAUAAAUGAUCAAGUUUAAGCAUAAAUUGCUUUGUUUUUGGGUUUUUUUUUUCCUCCAACCCAGCAGCUGGAGAUAUUUUUUUUUUUUUAAAUCCCAUUUUGACUUUUUAUUUACAUAUUUUGCAGAAAAAAGACUUAAUUUUUCAUGGCUACUUGCGUAUGUAUGCAUACAUACAUCUACGUUUGUUUCGUUGCUUUUUUCCCCAUUCUACAGCUGGAGGUUGACUAGGUAAAGUCUUUAAGUCUUAAUUUGUUUUGAAUUCUGUUCUUUAGCGUGGGUAAAGUUAUUCUAAAAUUAUAUAUGUACAUCUAUGCUAGGCUGCAUAAGUCCUUUGUUAAAGGCUGUGUUCAUACUUUGCCAUAAUGUAUUUGAAUAUGUGUUACAAUCCAAAUAUCGGGGAUACCACCUGCAUUAAAGAAAAAAUAUUAAGAAUCUGCCUGUUGGCCUAUGAGAACUGGAGUUAUACAACUCUCCCCAACGGUCUGGGAGAGUGGUUAAAGGGUCUGGGCUUCUCUUUGGGCCAAAUUGGCUAUAACAACACAAAAUGUGGGGUCUUUUGUAUAGAGUCCACUUCCUAUAUAGUUUGCAUUGUUUCUUCUUAAAGCCACAGCUUGUUUGGAAUAAACCUCAUGUUGAAAUCAAAA